AUGGAGCUGGGAGGGGCCUUCACCAUCUUUCUAGCACUCUCCUUGUCUUGCCUACUUAUCCUCAUUGCCUGGAAAAGGAGACACAAGGGAGGGAAGCUGCCCCCUGGUCCCACACCAAUACCUUUCCUGGGGAACCUGUUGCAAGUCCGUACUGAUGCCACUUUUCAGUCUUUCAUGAAGCUCAGGGAGAAGUAUGGCCCAGUCUUCACUGUGUACAUGGGUCCACGGCCUGUAGUUGUUUUGUGUGGACAUGAGGCAGUGAAGGAGGCCCUGGUAGACCGAGCUGAUGAGUUCAGUGGCCGUGGAGAACUGGCUUCAAUAGAGCGAAACUUCCAAGGUUAUGGUGUAGCUCUGGCUAAUGGAGAACGAUGGAGGAUUCUCCGACGCUUCUCCCUGACCAUUCUUCGGGACUUCGGGAUGGGAAAACGGAGCAUUGAGGAGCGGAUCCAGGAGGAGGCUGGCUUCUUACUAGAAGAAUUACGGAAGACCAAGGGUUCCCCCAUCGAACCCACCUUCUUCCUGAGCCGCACUGUCUCAAAUGUCAUCAGUUCUGUCGUCUUUGGAAGCCGCUUUGACUAUGAAGACAAGCAGUUCCUGAAGCUGCUGCAGAUGAUCAAUGAGAGUUUCAUUGAGAUGAGCACACCCUGGGCCCAGCUAUAUGACAUGUAUUCUGGAGUCAUGCAAUAUUUGCCAGGAAGACACAAUCGCAUCUACUACUUGAUAGAGGAGCUCAAGGACUUCAUUGCCUCGAGGGUCAAGAUCAACGAAGUAUCUCUUGACCCACAAAACCCUCGGGACUUCAUUGACUGCUUCCUCAUCAAGAUGCACCAGGAUAAAAAUAAUCCCCACACGGAGUUCAAUCUCAAGAACUUGGUCCUCACCACUCUCAACCUCUUCUUUGCGGGCACAGAAACUGUGAGCUCUACACUACGUUAUGGAUUGCUGCUAAUGAUGAAGCAUCCUGAGGUGGAAGCCAAGAUCCAUGAAGAGAUUGACCAGGUGAUUGGACCACACCGAAUCCCAAGUGUGGAUGACCGAGCCAAGAUGCCCUACACAGACGCUGUGAUCCAUGAGAUACAGAGACUGACAGAUAUCGUACCCAUGGGUGUCCCCCAUAAUGUCAUCCGGGACACUCAUUUCCGGGGCUACCUUCUGCCCAAGGGCACCGAUGUGUUCCCUCUACUUGGCUCUGUCCUCAAAGACCCCAAAUACUUCCGCAACCCAGAUGCCUUCUAUCCCCAACACUUCCUGGAUGAGCAGGGCCGCUUCAAGAAGAAUGACGCCUUUGUACCUUUUUCCUCUGGAAAGCGCAUCUGCCUGGGCGAGGCCAUGGCCCGCAUGGAACUCUUUCUGUACUUCACCUCCAUCCUUCAGAACUUCUCUUUACACCCGCUGGUGCCGCCCGAUGACAUAGAUAUCACACCCAGGGUCUCAGGCUUUGGCAACAUCCCUCCGACCUAUGAGCUCUGCCUCAAAGCCCGCUGA